AUGGCACUCGACAGAGAUCCCAGAAAGACCGAAGCAGGAAACCUCCAUCUUCCCGAUCUGGUUAUCCGCCGAAUCUGCACGUUCUUCUGCAAACACUGUGAGCCGCCGUCACUUGGCGAGGAAGAUGCGCCUGAACAUCUCACACAUAAAGGACACGCAACACUACUAAGCCUUUGCAGAGUCUCCAAAUCCGUUUAUUUCACCGCGCAACGAAUUCUCUACCAUAACGUCGACAUCCGGAUCCCCCAGAAUAACCUUGAAAGGCCCCUUCGAGUCACAGUCGGCUUUCUCACAAGCCUUAGGAUCUAUCCCCACCUGAAGAACCAUGUCAGAUCAGUGAGCAUCCAAGAUGAGCGGUGGGCUGGACCCGGCCAAUGCGAUGUUCGUGACUCUGACGAAAAUCCACCACUGCCUAGAUCGCUCCUGAACGCUCUCAGGACUCUCUCGAAUAGUGUUCGAAUCCCGCUGUCCAACGGCCAUCUCGACAAUCUCCAUCUUAUGGAAACACUGAUGCAAUUGAUAUUCGUCUCUGUACGGACCUCACCCGAACUGAAACUCGCUGUUCGUCCUCAAAGUCCCUGGCAAGACGAUUUAUUUACUGUUUGGAAGACUGCUAGUUCCCUCGGAGAUCAUAGUGCAUCGCUGUUUCUAACACAACAACUCAGUUUCAUCCUUCCGUCUAUACCGAAGUGCUCCUGUCAUGGAAGGUUAACCGGGCUCUACCCUCACCAAUACGUCGAAAACAUGGCAGCUAGGUUUCUAAUCGGCCAGGCCGCACAGUCGCUUCGGAGUCUGGUUUGCACAGCCAAUGAUCUACGGAAUACGCCCUGUCUACCGCAGCUUCAAGAUCUGAAACUUUGCAUCCAGGACGUCACACCGGAUCUUGAAUCGGACAUGAAACAGCUUCCCAGCCUCCGCCGAUUGUCGUGUGAAUACUAUGCCUUGACCCGCGGCGAACCUCCCCAUAGACUUUUCCAGGCCCUGAAAUCUUGUUCCGCCACUCUCCAGGAAUUGAAAAUUUCGGCAAACAAGGCCAUGUUUUUGGAGGCACAGCUUGCUCAGAUUGGACUCCGCCGUCUGAAGCAAUUCAAGAUCCUUCCGCUCCUAGGUUUCAAAGCGCUCAGGUCAUUCUCGUUUGACGGCAAAAUCAUGAGGCAUUUUGCUAAUUCCCUUGAGCAGGCGAUGCCAUCCCCCGGUGGCGAUGAGCUUUCCCCCAUCUUGUUACCGGACUCGCUGGAGACGAUCCACAUCAACUUGGAUGAAAUAAGCCAGACGGGGGAGGGGGAGUUCGAGAAACCCUGCAUGGAGGCCAUUCUCCAUGCAGGGAAGAAAAACUUGCGAAUGGUGGUCAUUUCAUCAAGACGCCGUCGCAGACAUAAAUUCACGAUGGCGAAUCUCAGGGCUGGGCCAAGAGAAUCGCGACAAGAGUGCAGCUGGGAAAUCACAGAAGUGCACGACGACGAAAAACUUCGUUUGACGCAAGAGGAAGACUUCCCAGCCUGGGACGGCUGUUAA